UUGCUGCUCGGCUCGGCUCCGGCUCCGGAUCGCUUUUGCCUCGCGCUGCCUCGCGCUGCCUGUUCGCCUUGCCUCGGCGCCGCUGAGGCCGCUCAUUCAGUUAUUUGCGCUCAACGCUCGUUGUACGGAACCGAAAAACGUUCGUCGCCUCCGAUUUGGGCUUGUCGCCAAAUCAAAAAAAAUUUGUUUACUCCAGCCUCUCAGGCCUCAUCAUUCGAAUAUUCUAAUAAUUUUUUUUUUUUUGGAUAUCCCCAACGGAACAAAGUCGCGGAAAAUAAGAGCUAAGACUGCUGCAGCAGGCCCCAACGAGAACGACAACGACAGCAGCAGCAGCAGCAGCAACAGCAACAAGUGUCACAGAUAGCAGCUUGUGCCCUAAGAACAGUAAACAGCUCUUAAAGUUCUCUCCGAUCCAAUCCAAUCCCAUCCGAUACGAUACGAUCCGUUGUGCGCCCCUCCUCUCCGGUCCUCUCCUCUGCGCCUCAGAGCUCGCCUCGAGUUGGGUUCCGCGAUUGUUCGUCGUCGUCGUCGUCGUCGAUUUUGAUUCGUAUGAAAUACAAAUUUGUAUUCAUGUGUCUGUGGCUGUGCCUGUGCCUGUGUGUGUGUGUGUGCGAUGGUGUGUAAAAGCCAAAAGCUAAUAGCCAAAGUCUGAGCUUUGCCUGAGCCAUGUGAAGUGAAGCCAGUGAUUUCCAUACCGAAAAAAAAGCGCAAAGAAAUCGAAAAUCGAAAAUCGAAGAAAAAAAAAUCUUGUGUAUAUCCAUCCCAUGCUGCCCCCCCUGCGCGCAACCGUACGAAUAUAAUGUAUGCAACGUUCGUGAACUGCCAGAAUUGGUUGUUGUUGCAGUUUCAGCCAAAGGAUUUGUGGAUUUUGGAGCGUAACUGAGCGAAGUGCAGCAGGUGCACCAGAGUUGCAAGCGACCAUGCGCGCAUGGAUUCUACUCCUCGCAGUGCUGGCGACUUCUCAACCGAUCGUUCAAGUUGCUAGCACCGAGGAUACGAGUAUAUCCCAGAGAUUCAUCGCAGCCAUAGCGCCUACCCGCACUGAGCCAUCAGCAGCAUCAGCAGCAUCAGCAGCGGCUGCGGCAGCAACAGCAACAGCAACGGCCACGGCAACAGCAACAACAGCAUUAGCAAAAGCAUUUAAUCCCUUUAACGAAUUGCUCUACAAAAGCAGUGAUAGUGAUAGUGAUAACAACAACAACAACUACAAAAACCGCAGCAACAACAACAACAACAACCUAAAUAAAGGCCCAAGGAAUAACAAAAACAAGGGCAAUAAACAUAGCAAAAGUGACGCGAAUCGACAGUUCAACGAAGUGCAUAAGCCAAGAACAGACCAAUUAGAAAAUUCCAAAAAUAAACCUAAACAAUUAGUUAAUAAAUCCAACAAAAUGGCUGUCAAGGAUCAGAAGCAUCAUCAGCCGCAACAGCAGCAGCAGCAGCAACAUCACAAGCCAGCGACUACGACUGCGCUAACAUCCACAGAAUCUCAUCAAUCCCCGAUUGAAACAAUCUUCGUGGAUGAUCCCGCCCUGGCCCUGGAGGAGGAGGUGGCCUCCAUCAAUGUCCCCGCCAACGCAGGGGCCAUCAUCGAGGAGCAGGAGCCGUCGACCUAUAGCAAAAAAGAACUCAUUAAGGAUAAACUGAAACCAGAUCCCUCAACUCUAGUCGAGAUCGAGAACAGCCUUCUGUCGCUGUUCAACAUGAAGCGGCCGCCCAAGAUCGAUCGCUCCAAGAUCAUCAUACCCGAGGCCAUGAAGAAGCUCUACGCGGAGAUCAUGGGCCACGAACUGGACUCGGUGAACAUACCCAGGCCAGGACUGCUGACCAAAUCAGCAAACACAGUGAGGAGUUUUACACACAAAGAUAGUAAAAUCGACGACAGAUUUCCUCAUCAUCAUCGGUUUCGGUUGCACUUCGACGUGAAGAGCAUACCCGCCGAGGAGAAGCUGAAGGCCGCCGAGCUGCAGCUGACCCGGGACGCGCUUGCGCAGGCGGCGGUGGCCUCCACGUCGGCGAACCGGACACGGUACCAAGUGCUCGUCUACGACAUCACCCGCGUGGGUGUCCGGGGACAGCGGGAGCCGAGCUAUCUGCUGCUCGACACGAAGACAGUGCGUCUGAACAGCACCGACACGGUGAGCUUGGACGUGCAACCUGCCGUGGAUCGGUGGCUGGCUACACCGCAAAAGAACUACGGCCUGCUGGUGGAGGUCCGGACGAUGCGCUCGCUCAAGCCGGCGCCCCACCAUCAUGUUCGCUUGCGCCGCAGCGCGGACGAAGCGCACGAGCAGUGGCAGCACAAGCAGCCGCUACUGUUCGCCUACACGGACGAUGGGCGGCACAAGGCGCGCUCGAUACGGGACGUGAGUGGGGGCGGCGGUGGCGGUGGCGGUGCCGGGGAGGGUGGCAAGGGCAACGGAGGCGGCAGGAAUCGGCGGCACCAACGGAGGCCGGCGAGGCGCAAGAACCACGAGGAGACCUGCCGUCGGCACUCGCUCUACGUGGACUUUGCGGACGUGGGCUGGGACGAUUGGAUCGUGGCGCCACCGGGGUACGAUGCGUACUACUGCCACGGCAAGUGCCCCUUCCCGCUGGCCGAUCACUUCAACUCGACGAACCACGCGGUGGUGCAAACCUUAGUCAAUAAUCUCAAUCCAGGGAAGGUACCAAAGGCCUGCUGCGUGCCCACGCAGCUGGACAGCGUCGCCAUGCUCUAUCUCAAUGACCAAAGUACAGUUGUGCUCAAGAACUAUCAGGAGAUGACAGUGGUGGGCUGUGGCUGUCGAUAGAUUCGAUCGAGCCACUGUAGACAGAGCCGAGUGUAAAAAGAGAGACCAAUCGAAUGAAUCGAAUGAUUCGAAUGAAUCGAGUGUCGAGAGAUCGCGAGCGAGAGAGCAUCAAAUGCUGUUUGGUUCCAAGCCGUCAAUGCUUUAAACACAACGCAAACAAAAUGGACUGAAUAUUUGAAUUUUAAGUGUAAAUCGUUAGACUUUAAUUGUACGAGUAUAUACAUAUGGAUGCAGCCGAUACCCCACACCCCACAACCCACGCCCCCCCUGCCCCCCGCCCUAUCGCGCCACCUUGGAGAGGAGCCUCUGUCAGUUUCCACAGCUAGGCUUUGGAAAACCCUUGAUCAGAGCAGAUCCCAGCGAGAGAGCAGAGUCAACUGUAAAUAGCCGCCAUGCCCAGCCACCAGCCACCAGCCACCGACCACCGACCACCAGAUAGCCAUCGAGGAUACACAGGAGCUGCUGAGGAGAAAAACAAAGUGAACAAAUUGUAUAAAAAUGCUAAAAUAUAACUAUUAUCUGUACGAGUACGAGAACGAGGAGGAGGAGGAGGAGAACUUUUCUACUAGCCUUUUUUUGUUAAUAAUUUUAUAAUGAAAAAAAAUCACUUGUAAAUUUACUAGAGCACUCAAGCGAUAAUAUAAUCGAUGGAAAAUUACUUGAAAUUAUUUAGGAAAUACCAACCACACACACACACACACACACACACACACAUACAAUAACUGUCUCUUGUAUAUGUUCUGUUCGAAAUCCUUAUAUAUCACACUCACCCACCCACACACAAAAAAAAACAUAAAUCUACGAAACGGUAUUCAAACUUCGUUCCGAAACCAACCUAAACGUAACUGUAAAAUAAAAACAAAGCAAGAUGGAAAAUUCUAAACUAAAAUAAACUAUGCUCUAUGAAUAUACAUAUAAAUAUUUACAUCGUUAUGCGUUCUAAGCUAAGCUCGAAUAAAUCCGUAAACGUUAAUUAAUGUAGCCAUAUAAGAUUGAACAGUUAAGCUCAGCAUGUUGGAUAAAUUAGUAGAAACGAAACGGAAAACCACAAAAAAAAACAAA